CAGCAGCAGGCAGAGGCUCUCCGGACACAAACACGGACACGGACACGAGACCGGGGGUUAAAAAUCUAGAGACUGAAACAAUAAAAAUACUAAACGAUCGCUUUCCCACACACACACACCACCAAUACACAUAGCGACUGAGGCAGGCAGAGGACAUGGAGGACGACUGAGACCUGAGACCCUGCAGAGGACUUUUGCGUCUGUUAACAGAAACAUUUGAAUUUAAAUGCGAAACGUUCAUCAAACGGUGCAGACGUGUCCUCCUCUCUCUCGGUUGCGUUCGCCUGCGGAAAAUCUCCGUUCCGUUUUCCAUCAACAACAGAUUUUCGUGGCACUUGGCCCACAGCAUUCAGUGAACUUAUAGACUGCUGCAAGAGAUUGAUUGUGCUCGAAUAAAAUAAGAACAAAGUUAGCAAAUAAAACAAAAAACAAGUGUCAUGUCUUCCUCCGAGGCUGAAGUCGAUAUCAGUGUGGUGUCCAGUCCCGAGCCGAGUCCCUUGGGUGCCGCCGGAAUGAGCAACGGCCGGGAUAGUCCGCUGGCCCGUUCGCCGGCCCGCUCCGCCGACGGUAGCACGCCACCGGCCACACCAACGCACCGCUCCACGCCCAACACAGCCGCCGGCACGCCCACAUCCUCGUCAGCGGCCCCAACGGGCCACUAUCAUCACAGUCCCAAUGGAGGCGCCGUGCCGCCGGCGGUGCUGCACCACCAUCUGCAGCAUCAUCUGAGCACGCUGGGCGGCCACCCGGUGGCACUGCAUCAUGCGCUGCACAGUUUCGGACAUCUGCACUCCGGACACGUGGCCACACAUCCCGCAUUGCUCCAGCACGCCCUGACCCCCACCGCACACCAGCACAUGCAGCAGCAUGGGGAGCGUCUCAGUCCGCCGCCCAAGUCUCCGGAGCGCAAUGGCUGCGAGGAGCUGCAGGGCCACAACCUGAACAACAACAACAGCAAGACACUGAACCACAACAACACUUGCGCCUCAGCGGCGGCGGCAGCUGUGGCGGCAGCAGCAGCGGCCUCCAUUGGAGCCAACAGCAACGACAGCAAUGGGAGCAGUAACGGGAACAAGGCCACCACGGGAUCGAACGGCUUCACCAGCUUCUCCAUCUCCAGCAUCCUGAGCCGCAGCGAGCCGGCCAAGAAAAACGGCGCCUCCACUCUGAUAACGCCGAUCCCGCAACUGCCACACCCGGGUCCUGGUGGACCACAGGAUGCAGCCAUGCUCUCCAGACUUGGCUUCAUCUCGCAAUGGGGAGCUCUGGCCGGGCGCUAUGCAGCUCUUUGUCCGCCCGGCUGGCCCUGGGCCCCACAGCGCCUGCCGUUUCACAGUCCCACUCAUGACAGCUCCUCCACCAACACCACUGAGAAUGCCCCAUCGCCCACCUCCAUGAGCCCCAACCAGAGCAGCAACAACAACAACAGCAGCAGCACUGCCAACACGAAUGGCUCGAGCCAAGCCAGCAGCAAGUCGCCCCCGCCUGGAGUGGGUGUGCCGCACCACCAUCCACUCUACCAGCCCCAUCAGCAGCAUCCACAGCAGCAGCAGCAACAGCAGCAGCAGCACCAACAGCAUCCACAGCAGCACUCACAACAGCAUCCACAUCAGCCCAGCACGCCCACCAGCAGCAACAGCGGCAGCAGUGGCCUGGCGCACCAUUCGCACCAUCUGGCGGGGUCCCACUCCGGGUACAUGCUGCCCACCAGCUCCAAUGAGUCGGACGACGAUGGCGAGGAGAUCAUCGAGGAGGAUGACGGCACGGAUGGACCCUCGGAUAGCUCCUCGCCGCACGGCGAUGGCAAUGGCUCGAAGCGCAAGAAGAAGACGAGGACCGUGUUCUCGCGGGCGCAGGUCUUUCAGCUGGAGUCCACGUUCGACAUGAAGCGGUACCUCAGCUCGUCGGAGCGCGCCGGUCUGGCCGCCUCGCUGCGCCUCACGGAGACCCAGGUGAAGAUCUGGUUUCAGAAUCGUCGCAACAAAUGGAAGCGUCAGCUGGCCGCCGAGCUGGAGGCCGCCAACAUGGCCAACAUGGCGCAUGCGGCACAGCGGCUGGUGCGUGUCCCGGUGCUCUACCAUGAUGGAACAACAGCUGGCUUCGUUCCGCCACCGCCGCCACACCACCACCCGAUGCAGUAUUAUGCAGCGGCCGCUGCACGCAACACCAGCCCCCCGCGGCCGCCGCUGUCGUCGCUGGUAUAGGGCGUGGGGUGCCUGGCGGCGCCCAUGUCGCUGAUGAAGCCGCCAACGCCCACAUCAAUGGGGUUAGCAAUGCCCCCGAUGCCGCCGCGCACGCCCGCUCCGCUCCUGCUGCGACACUGCUCGAUGGACGCCGAUUCGGAUGAGGAGAAGGAGCGCAUGGCCUUGGACGAGGACGAUGCCGCCAUCGAUGUGGAGGCCGAUGAGGAGCACGAUGCCGAAACGAUGCACGAAACGACUCCCAUGCGGUCAUCGACUCCACUGACUCUGCCAUUGUCUCUGUCUCUGGCUAUGCCUCUGCCUCUGGCGGAGAUGUGCACAAAGAGCGGCAAUUGCCUGGAACGCAACGAGAGUCUGGCCGCCGGCUCAACUCAGUCAAUGUCGAUGGAUGCCACCUCCACUUCGACAGGCUCCUCCGCUGCUGCUUCAGGUGAUGCGGAUAAAUCGAUAAACCAAAAGGCUUACUGAGACGAGCCGAGCCGGGCCGAAUAACCGUGGCCGAAGUCCACACCAAUUGGUUUCAACGCAAUCCAAGCAGAGGCUUACUCCAGUCCCGCUUGACAUCCCCACACCCAUGACCCUAUAUAAAAAAGUGUUUGAUAGUUUGUUCCUACUAAAAUCUCUUGUAAAUACUUAGACACUUACUUGCCGGACGGGGCUAAUCCCGCACAACUACUCUACUAUGCUCCUAUGCCCUGUAAAUGUAAAUGUCUCUUGCUCAAUAAGAUUUAGGCUUGUAAAUUGUUCGUGCGUUUUGCUUUUACGUAGCGUAGCCAAAGCCACAUCCACAUCCACCAUGUACAUAAAUAUACCUUACAUAAUAUAGGUGGGUGUGUGGCAUUUCUGAACCCGUUUUGUUUCUGCUUUGAAAUCUUUCAAUUUGCUGGUCAAGUGCAAGUGCAGCUCGAUAUGCUGAGGCUUCCCUCUUCGGUUCUCUGGCCAAAGCCAACCAUGAUUGCUAGUUAAGUGUUAUUCGUAAAUGCGGGAGAAUACGGAGGAGGGGAUCUGUCAGGCAGCUACCAAAUAAUUAGUUAAAUUAUUACUAAUUUUAAUCGAAUGUUAAGAUAAUCCAAACUAAACAGAAACCAAACCAAAACUCAAACAA